CCGCCCCAGGCCGGGAGCGGGUCGGGUCCCAGCGCCCGGCACCGGUGGGUGGGCAGCGGAACGGGGCCGCCCGCCCGCCCCGCCGUAUGUCUGCGAGGAGCGGCCCCUGCCCGGCCAGCGGGAGGAGGCGGGCGGGCGCCGUGGGGGGGAAGCUGGGCCGGCCGCGCCGCGCGGGUGCGCGCCUCCGCGGAGCAUUACGGCGCCCGUUCGCGGCUCCCCGGCUCCGCCAGCGCCCAGGAGCGGCCGCGCCGAGCUCCGCAGCGCGGCCAUGGCCGAGCGCCGCGCCUUCGCCCAGAAGAUCAGCAGAACCGUAGCUGCUGAAGUCAGGAAGCAGAUCUCGGGGCAGUAUGGAGGCUCUCCCCAGCUUCUCAAGAACCUCAAUAUUGGAGGCAGCGUCUCUCAUCAUACAACCGUACCACUUACAGAAGCAGUGGACCCGGUUGAGUUGGAGGACUACCUUAUCACACACCCCAUUGCCGUGGAGUCGGGACCCCUGAGGGACUUGCUUGAGUUUCCUCCUGAUGACAUUGAGGUCGUGUACACCCCUCGAGAAUGUCGCACCCUUGUGUCGGCUGUGCCUGAAGAGAGUGAGAUGGACCCCCACGUGAGGGACUGUGUAAGGAGUUACACGGAAGAUUGGGCGAUUGUGAACAGAAAAUAUCACAAGCUGGGAACUGGAUUUAAUCCCAACACCUUAGACAAACAGAAGGAGAGGCAAAAGGGGCUCCCCAAACAGAUCUUCGAGUCUGACGAAGCUCCAGAUGGCAACAGUUACCAGGAUGAACAAGAUGACCUUAAACGCCGCUCAAUGUCCAUUGACGAUACUCCCCGGGGCAGCUGGGCAUGCAGCAUUUUUGACCUGAAGAACUCCCUUCCAGAUGCCCUUCUUCCAAACCUACUGGACCGAACCCCAAAUGAGGAGAUAGACCACCACAAUGAAGAUCAAAGGAAGUCCAGUAGGCAUAAGGAGCUUUUUGCACUACAUCCAGCACCAGAUGAGGAGGAGCCUAUAGAACGGCUUAGUGUCCCUGAAGUACCCAAAGAGCACUUUGGCCAAAGACUCCUGGUGAAGUGUUUGUCCCUUAAAUUUGAAAUAGAAAUCGAGCCCAUUUUUGCAAGUUUGGCUUUGUACGACGUUAAAGAAAAGAAAAAGAUUUCAGAAAACUUCUACUUUGAUUUAAACUCUGAGCAAAUGAAGGGAAUGCUCCGUCCACAUGUUCCCCCUGCUGCUAUAUCCACGCUGGCCAGAUCUGCCAUCUUUUCUAUCACUUACCCCUCUCAAGAUGUCUUUCUAGUAAUAAAGCUGGAGAAAGUGUUACAGCAGGGAGAUAUUGGGGAGUGUGCAGAGCCUUAUAUGAUUUUUAAAGAAUCUGAUGCAGCAAAGAAUAAGGAGAAGUUGGAAAAACUGAAAUGCCAGGCAGAACAGUUUUGCCAAAGACUAGGCAAGUAUCGGAUGCCGUUUGCCUGGACAGCCAUUCAUUUAAUGAACAUUGUGAGCAGCGCUGGAAGCUUGGAAAGAGACUCCACGGAAGUUGAAGUUGGCACAGGAGAACGUAAAGGAUCGUGGUCAGAGAGGAGGAAUUCCAGUAUUGUUGGGAGGCGUUCGUUAGAGAGAACCACGAGUGGGGACGAGGCUUGCAAUCUGAGCAGUUUUAGACCAGCUACUCUGACAGUGACAAACUUCUUUAAACAGGAGGGUGAUCGCCUUAGUGAUGAUGAUCUGUACAAGUUCCUUGUUGACAUGAAGCGGCCAUCGUCAGUGCUGCGGAGACUGAGACCUAUCACAGCUCAAUUAAAGAUAGACAUCUCUCCAGCUCCAGAGAAUCCUCAUUACUGUCUGACUCCAGAGUUGCUUCAAGUCAAACUUUACCCAGACAGCCGAGUUAGACCUACAAGAGAAAUCCUGGAGUUCCCUGCCAGGGAUGUCUACGUUCCAAACACCACAUACAGGAAUCUGCUUUAUGUCUAUCCCCAGAGCCUUAACUUUGCCAACCGCCAAGGAUCUGCCAGGAAUAUCACCGUAAAAGUCCAGUUCAUGUAUGGAGAGGACCCAAGCAAUGCUAUGCCGGUCAUCUUUGGCAAAUCUAGCUGUCCUGAGUUUUCCAAAGAAGCAUAUACAGCUGUAGUGUAUCACAACAGAUCGCCUGAUUUUCAUGAGGAAAUCAAGAUUAAGCUUCCAGCCACUUUAACCGAUCACCACCACCUGCUUUUUACUUUCUACCAUGUGAGUUGUCAGCAAAAACAAAACACUCCCCUGGAAACUCCAGUUGGAUACACCUGGAUACCAAUGCUCCAAAAUGGACGGUUAAAGACUGGUCAGUUCUGCCUACCUGUGUCAUUGGAGAAACCACCGCAGGCUUAUUCAGUGCUUUCUCCAGAGGUUCCACUCCCUGGGAUGAAGUGGGUGGAUAACCACAAAGGGGUUUUCAAUGUAGAAGUUGUUGCUGUAUCAUCCCUCCACACUCAGGACCCUUAUCUGGACAAGUUCUUUGCACUUGUCCAUGCUCUGGAUGAGCACAUGUUCCCUGUGCGAAUAGGAGACAUGAGAAUUAUGGAAAACAACCUGGAAAAUGAACUGAAGAGCAGCAUUUCAGCUUUAAAUUCCUCUCAACUGGAGCCGGUAGUGCGAUUUCUUCAUCUCCUGCUUGACAAACUGAUUCUUCUGGUAGUAAGACCUCCUGUCAUUGCAGGCCAAAUAGUUAACUUGGGCCAAGCAUCUUUUGAAGCGAUGGCAUCAAUCAUAAACAGACUCCACAAGAACUUGGAUGGAAACCAGGACCAGCAUGGCAGAAACAGCCUUCUUGCUUCCUAUAUUUAUUAUGUUUUUCGCCUACCAAAUACCUAUCCCAACUCACCAUCACCAGGUCCUGGUGGCCUGGGGGGAUCAGUGCAUUAUGCCACCAUGGCUCGAUCUGCUGUCCGACCAGCAAGCCUUAACCUCAACCGCUCACGGAGCCUCAGCAACAGCAACCCAGAUAUAUCUGGGACCCCCACCUCGCCGGAUGAUGAAGUUCGCUCCAUCAUUGGCAGUAAGGGUUUAGACCGCUCCAAUUCCUGGGUAAACACUGGUGGUCCAAAAGCAGCCCCAUGGGGAUCCAACCCCAGCCCAAGUGCAGAGUCAACACAGGCUACGGAUCGAAGUUGUAAUCGUAUGUCUUCGCACACUGAGACGUCAAGUUUCUUACAAACAUUAACAGGACGGUUACCAACUAAAAAGCUUUUUCACGAGGAGCUGGCCUUACAAUGGGUUGUGUGCAGUGGGAGUGUGCGGGAGGCAGCCCUGCAGCAAGCCUGGUUCUUCUUCGAGCUGAUGGUGAAGAGCAUGGUGCAUCAUUUGUAUUUUGCUGACAAACUGGAUGCGCCAAGAAAGAAUCGUUUUCCUGAGCGUUUCAUGGAUGAUGUAACUGCUUUGGUCAGCACAAUUGCCGGUGAUAUAGUCUCUCGGUUUCAGAAGGAUACAGAAAUGGUCGAAAGGCUCAACACCAGUCUGGCAUUUUUCCUCAAUGACCUGUUGUCUAUCAUGGACAGAGGAUUUGUUUUCGCUCUUAUUAAGACCUGCUACAAACAGGUGUCUUCAAAGCUGUAUUCCUUAACAAAUCCAAGUAACCUGGCAUCUUUGAGGCUGGACUUCCUUCGCAUCAUUUGCAGCCAUGAACACUACGUCACCUUGAAUUUACCCUGCAGCUUGCUCACACCACCUGCAUCUCCAUCACCAUCUGUGUCUUCAGCAACCUCUCAGAGCUCUGGGUUCUCCACAAACGUCCAAGACCAGAAGAUUGCCAAUAUGUUUGAACUGUCUGUGCCUUUCCGCCAGCAGCAUUACUUGGCUGGGCUUGUGUUAACAGAACUUGCUGUCAUUUUAGAUCCUGAUGCAGAAGGUUUGUUUGGAUUGCAUAAGAAGGUCAUCAAUAUGGUACACAACUUACUGUCCAGUCACGACUCGGAUCCGCGGUACGCUGACCCCCAGGUAAAGGCCCGGGUGGCAAUGCUGUAUCUACCUCUGAUCGGCGUGAUCAUGGAGACCGUGCCUCAGCUUUAUGACUUUACAGAGAGCCACAAUCAGCGAGGGAGGCCAAGCUGCGUCGCUGUCGAUGAUUAUGAGAGUGAAGGUGGAAGCAUGAUAAGCCAGACAGUUGCCAUGGCCAUUGCAGGAACGUCGGUCCCUCAGCUCACCCGGCCCAGCAGUUUCCUGCUCACCUCAUCGAGUGGCAGGCAGCACUCCACCUUCUCAACAGAGUCCAGCCGCAGCCUUCUGAUCUGUCUGCUGUGGGUGCUCAAGAACGCAGAUGAAAGUGUCUUGCAGAAGUGGUUCACGGACCUGUCGGUGUUGCAGCUCAAUCGCCUGCUGGAUUUGCUUUACCUUUGCGUAUCCUGCUUUGAAUACAAGGGCAAGAAAGUAUUUGAAAGAAUGAACAGUCUGACAUUCAAGAAGUCAAAAGACAUGAGAGCCAAACUUGAAGAAGCUAUUUUGGGAAGUAUAGGGGCAAGGCAGGAAAUGGUCCGAAGAAGCAGAGGGCAGCUAGAGAGAAGUCCUUCUGGGAGCGCUUUUGGAAGUCAAGAGAAUUUGAGAUGGAGAAAGGAUAUGACUCACUGGCGUCAGAACACGGAAAAGCUUGACAAAAGCCACAAACCAGCCAGAUCAAGGGCAGAGAUAGAACACGAGGCACUUAUCGAUGGGAAUCUUGCAACAGAAGCCAAUCUGAUUAUUUUGGAUACACUAGAGAUAGUUGUACAGACCGUUUCUGUGACAGAAUCCAAAGAGAGCAUCCUCGGUGGGGUGCUGAAGGUGCUUCUGCACAGCAUGGCCUGCAACCAAAGUGCACUUUAUCUCCAGCACUGCUUCGCCACACAGAGGGCUUUGGUUUCAAAGUUCCCUGAGCUGCUGUUUGAAGAAGAGACUGAGCAAUGUGCAGAUCUGUGCCUGAGGCUCCUGAGACACUGUAGCAGCAGUAUCAGCACCAUACGGUCGCAUGCAAGUGCCUCUCUGUAUCUUCUUAUGAGGCAAAACUUUGAGAUUGGGAACAACUUUGCCAGGGUGAAAAUGCAGGUGACCAUGUCUCUCUCAUCCCUGGUGGGGACAUCCCAGAACUUCAAUGAAGAGUUUUUGCGACGUUCCCUGAAGACUAUUUUGACAUAUGCUGAAGAAGAUCUGGAACUCAGGGAGACCACAUUUCCUGAUCAGGUCCAGGAUCUAGUGUUCAACCUCCAUAUGAUCCUUUCUGACACAGUUAAAAUGAAGGAGCACCAGGAAGAUCCAGAAAUGCUGAUUGACCUGAUGUACAGGAUUGCAAAGGGCUAUCAGAAUUCCCCUGACCUGCGCCUCACGUGGCUGCAGAACAUGGCUGGGAAGCACUCCGAGAGGAGCAACCACGCUGAAUCAGCCCAGUGCCUGGUCCACUCUGCAGCCUUGGUGGCUGAAUACCUGAGCAUGCUGGAAGACCGAAAAUACCUCCCUGUAGGGUGUGUUACAUUUCAGAACAUAUCUUCCAAUGUUCUGGAAGAGUCGGCUGUUUCUGAUGAUGUUGUAUCACCAGAUGAAGAAGGUAUCUGCUCUGGAAAGUAUUUCACAGAAGCUGGUCUGGUGGGAUUGCUGGAACAGGCUGCAGCAUCUUUCUCCAUGGCUGGCAUGUAUGAAGCAGUUAAUGAGGUUUACAAAGUCCUUAUUCCUAUUCAUGAAGCUAAUAGAGAUGCCAAGAAGCUCUCUACUAUUCAUGGUAAACUCCAAGAAGCAUUCAGCAAGAUUGUGCACCAGAGUACUGGCUGGGAGUUCCUACUUGUGGAAUUUUCUUUUUUGUUUUUCCCCUUUCUCUUUUCCCCUUUUUGUUUUUUUUUUUUUGUUUUACACUGUGGAAACCCCAAUUUCAUUUUGCCAAAGAGCUCUGCCAACACCAGGACUACCCCUUCGUAUGGCAAGGAACAUAGUGUUGCCAACUACAAGCACUGAUGCGUUUCUGAUACCUGCUUCAACAUACCAAGCGGUGGGGCUUGCUGCUUGUGUGUUUGUUCAUUGAGUAAAUGCUGAGUUAAUUCUGCUUACUUUCCACUUAGGAAAGUUGUUAGGAAAAAUCUUUCCAUGCUAUGCCAUGAGAAUUGAAACAUGCUUUUUAAAGUGUGCAGGGUGAGGUUGCCAUUGAACAGCAGGACUCCAGGAGCUGGUACUUUCAAAAGAUCAGUAUUAGAAGACUUGUAAUAGUUGGCAACACUGCAAAAGACCUUAAAAUUCAGCAAGAAAAUCACCAGCUUGGUAAAGAUGGUUGGAUUUCACGUUCUGCCCAGUGUGUAUGGAGGAGUUACUUUUAUUCCUACAUACUUGGGCUGGCUCUGCCUUCUGUGUUGGUCUUGGUGAAGAAAGCAGACACAAUCACGCUUGCGUCUGGCUUUUUCAACCCUUUGUUGGCAAAGCUUUUUGUGUGCGUGCAAGAGACGACUCUCAAACUGUAUUCCCAGCAAUUUUGGAAGGUAUUUACCAUGCAUAAUAACAAAUCAUGAACCCUCAUACGUCAUGGUGGCUGUUACCUGCUCUGCCGGUUCUGUGAUGGCUAUUCAGUGUUCACCUUCAUUCUCUUCUCCUCACAAAGACCUAUUAUUUUUUUCAUAAAAUAAUAGGAGAUUAAAUGCUUUUAAUAAUUUCUCCCUCGUAUCUGCAUUUGUAGCUCUUUUCAGAAACCAGACCAUGGAGUAUUUUUAAGUUACUUGUUUUCUCUCCAUCCUGUGAUGAGAUAAGAGUUUGCUAUUGGCUAAUUUCAAAGAUCCUAGUUCAGAGCCAUCCCAUGUUCUUAACGCCAGGCAUGAAACUGAGCUCUCCUCAUCUCAGGGAACUGACAGCUAUAGAAUGUCUAUGCGAGGUAUGGAAUGGCCCCCAGGUGUUUGCUCUCCCAAAGGAGUUUGUUUCCAUCCCCUCGCUUCCAGGUUUCAUCCCUCAACAUGAGUCCCAUACAUUUCAUGGCUGAUGGAUCCAGGGGAGAGAUGCUUCUGUUGCCUUAGGGGCUAACCAGUGCUUCUCACUGUCUGCUUUUCUCCUUGGGAUCCUUAUGAUGGCUGAGUUUUAGCAAGUAGAUUUAUCAGGAAAAGCCAGCGCAUCUGAUCUUCAUGAUGAUGAAACAAGUGCCUAAGUUGGGAUCUGCCUUCACACAGAGGCACUGAAUCUCACCAGGCUUCCCUGCUGCUGCCAUUCCUGGGACUUCCCAAUGCCCCAUUACUCUGAUUUUAUGCUUUUAGUAAAUGCCACCAGAACUUCUUCUUAAUUUAUGCUGAUCAACAGAGAGCAUUUUCUUCCUCCCUCCUCGUUUUUACAGCAACAUAAAUGAGCACUGCCUGUAACAAAUAGCUGCCUGGGCAGAUGCCCAUGUGUCAGACACCUUCUAGGGACCUGGUUCUGCAAAUGCUUCCUACCCUGAAAGUCACUUGCCAAGCAGGCAGGAAAAAGCACAUGAAUUAGAAGAGCAGCAGUGUGUCCUCUGCUGGGGCCUGCCCUGUGCCCAUGGGUUGGGGCAGGAUCCCACCAACUUCCACAGGGAGCGUUCCCAAGCCCCAUGUAAGGUCUGGGGAAUUGUUUCAUGUGGCAGUUCUCCUUAAGGCAGACAUGAUGCUAGCUUGGGAAGUGCUUUGGGAAAGGAGCCCUGGAGUCACAGCCUGUAACAUUGAAUUGAAAUAAAUAGCAGAGGAAGCUGAAAAUGCUGGGUCUGGAGGGAUUUUAGUGUAGGUAACUGUGGCUUUGAAAAGGUAGUGAUGAGUGAAUUAAGGAUUCAAUAGGCUGCUCAUUCCUGUGUGAGUCCGGAGAAAUGGGCAUUUGAGAAAGACAGGGGAUCCAGGGAAACAGCAGCCAGAUGUGGCCAGAUGGGCACUUCCAGUAAACCAGUAAUAGCUCUGCAGCUGGGGCUCCUACCCUGGGAGGUGCUCCUGGGGGUGGCUGUGGUCUGAGGAAACCCUGUAGGCUAUGCUGGCAGGUGGAGCUGGAUAGAAGCCCCUCUCUGGAGGAGGGAUGCUCAGUGGGACAGGCUGGAGCAGGGGCCCAAGGAGCCACCUGUGCACAUUAAGCAUAUCAGCAUCUCUGGGUGCACCUCCUUUUCUUAGACUGGAGCAUGUGUCUACACUUUUACCAGAGCAGGGCUGAUGGAUUGGUGUCUGUGGCUGUCCCAUAGUAAAGCCAAGAUGUGACCUGUAUGUAUUAAGCAAGGCUGCUGCUGGCUCUGGUCACUUCAGGCUUCACUUCCACAUCAGAGAGGGGCAUUGGAGAGCUUUGCCCUCUUGAACGUGCUUGGGGUGAGCAGCAGCCCUCACCCCAAAAAGGCAAUGUGUCCAUCUGGCUGUGCCUUGGGUGAAGGGGGCUGAGCAUCAGUGUGCUCCAGGCCAGGAGAAGGCAGUGGCUUGCUGUGACAAUGCUUUUUCCAGCCUCUACACAUUCCCUGAGGGGUUUUCUUCUUUAGUUUGGCUCAUUUAUCCUCUUCGCCUUCCAUAGAUCGCAUUCACCAUCACCACAAGAGAUCAGUUUUGCCAUAGCAAAAUACCAAACAAAAACUAAUGGUCCACAGCAGCCAGGACAUCUGUAAGUGCUGUUUGAAACCAAACACCAGCCCAGAUUCAGAAACAUUGAGCAUUAAAUACUACCUCACACUUUAUGUCACGAGAGUAAAGGUGAACAUUCCCAGUGUUUCUUGCUGAAAGGCGUUUCUGGUCUGUGCAUGUGGCGUGAGUUGUUUUAACAAACCCAAAGGUGUGAUGUAUUUGUAAAGCAUUUCUCUUCUCUCUUUCUUUUUAAUCAGAUUUUCUUCGUUACUUUCCCAGCAAAAGUCUCUCUUCUCUCUCUCCUUCUGUUGCAUUUCUGGGCCAAAUUCACCACUGGCUCAAAGGGAAGCAG